GACUUGUACUGCUCCCUCCCGGCGUGCUGACGUGAAAAUAAACGUACGUCGAGCCUACUGACCCACCGGCCACUCUAUGCAGGUGCUGUGGCCGAGAUGUGAGAGAAGGUCAUGCCUUUGCUCAAGAGAAACAUUCAGCCUCGGCACCUGUGCCACGGUAGCGUGGCUGAUGGGAUUGGCAACGAGCUGGAAUGUGUCACCAACAACACGCUGUCCGCCAUCAUCCGCCAGCUCAGUAGUCUGAGUAAUCAUGCAGAAAAUGUUUUCGGGGAGCUUUUUAACGAGGCCAACACUUUUUACGUGCGCGCCAACUCACUCCAGGACCGCAUCGACCGCUUGGCCGUCAAGGUCACCCAGCUGGACUCCAGCGUGGAGGAGGUCUCUCUUCAGGACAUUAACCUGAGGAAGGCAUUCAAAAGCUCCACUGUCCAGGACCAGCAGGUUUUGUCCAAAGGCAGCACUCCUAACUCAGUGGCUGAGAUGUACAACAGCAGCGACAGGCCUCCUCCCCUCAGCGACCUCACAGCCUACAGAGAGGAUUCCACCGAUCCCAUGAAAUUCUACUCGGACCCGUCGUACUUUUUUGACUUGUGGAGGGAGAAAAUGCUUCAGGACACAGAGGACAAGAGGAAAGAAAGGAGGAGGCAACGGGAACAGAAGAGAUGUGUGGAAAGCAGCACCCUUCAGCGCGAGGUGAAGAAGGUGAGAAAGGCCCGAAACCGCAGGCAGGAGUGGAACAUGAUGGCAUUCGACAAGGAGCUUCGUCCAGAUCACCGCCAUCCGCAGAGUCUUCGGCGAGCGGCAUCAUCCGAGGGCUCGCUCUCCCCAGACGGCAGGCCUGACCUCCUGGGAUACCCCGUCCCUCCAGUGCCCGCCACUGCUUGUAAUCACUCCAAGUCACAUGAUUACGUGCCUGGGAACGCACACUCCUCACCACCUGUGGAGCAUGAAUACCACAGCAUUGAUGUCAACUACAAGAGGGUAACCUAUGCCACAGCAGCAGAGCCUCUCGCUGCGGACCGAAUGAACGGUCCAACACUUCCACCUGCAGAUUACAACUCUCUCUCCCCGCCUCCUGCCCCGGGCCCACCCAUCCCAUCAGGCCAGACAGCCUUUGUUUUUCCUCUGGGUGCGCAGCCUCCAACACCAUAUAAUGGAGUUAUGCACGUAGGCACAGGCUACCCGCUCCCACCUGUGCCUCCUCCAGGGUCGCACAUGUUCCCGCCUCCUCCACCCCUCCCUCCCCAGGCUGCAUCCUCACACCUAGCAGGAUGCAGCGAAGGUGGCAGAGCUCAGACUAAACCCGUGAGGGAUGGGAGAAGUGGCCUGCUGUCCGCCAUCCGCAUGGGCAUCCAGCUGAAGAAAGUGCAAGAGCAGCAGGAACAGCAGAACAAGCGGGAGCCGGUGGGGAACGACGUGGCCACCAUCCUGUCUCGGCGCAUUGCGGUGGAGUACAGCGACUCUGAUGAGGACUCUGAGCUGGACGAAAACGAGUGGUCGGACUGACCAAGCACCAAGCACAUGUGGCAUCUAGCGGAAGUUUUGCUUCACUGGAUCUUCAAUGCAACUAAAGC